GGCAUACAUGUUCCAGAUCAAGACUGUGUGCUGUCAAUGUUACUGAUACCGGUCUGUUAAUUAGGGAGUCUCUCUCUCUCUCUCUCUCUCUCUCUCUCUCUCUCUCUCUCUCUCUCUCUCUCCUCUUUAGCCCAUGGGUUCGGAGCGGGAGGAGUUGGGCAAACGGCAGAUGCAGGAGGCACCGAGUACUGUGCAGACGCACAACACACACACUCACAGCGCCAUAAACACACACACACACAGCUGGCUGAAUGCGCCUCCCAACGCCUGCUGCUUUUGCUGGUGCUGCUGCUGUAGCUGCUCAUGCUUAACUGUGCGCCCUGCUCCGGAGGAGAGAAUCCAAAGGCUCGUUUGUGCGCAGACCCAAGUGACCAGCAACUGUGAGGACAGCCCCAAGCCCACGCUGGAGGAUGCCCGCUUGUGGACGCUGUCGUUCGAGCGCUUGAUGAAGAGUCCGGCGGGCCGCGGCUGCUUCCAGCAGUUCCUGCGGACCGAGUUCAGCGAGGAGAACCUCCUCUUCUGGCUGGCGUGCGAGGAGCUGAAGAAGGAGACCAACCGCGGCGUGGUGGAGGACAAAGUGCGGCAGAUCUACGAGGACUUUGUCUCCAUCCUGUCCCCGCGAGAGGUGAGUCUGGACUCCCGCGUGCGGGACGUUAUCAACCGGAACAUGACGGAGCCCACGUCCCACACGUUUGAUGACGCGCAGCAGCAGAUCUACACCCUGAUGCAGCGAGACUCCUACCCACGCUACAUGAACUCCAGCGUCUACUCAGAGCUGAUGCAGAGCCUGGAGCAGCCGCAGCAGCCGCAGCCACGGUGA